UUCGUGCCGUCCCAUCCCAACCACGGAAAGCGUAUCCGCACCCCUGGUGCCAGUACGGCCGAUGGAUCCCAAGGCAGUGGGAGACGACCUGUCCCGCCUGCGUACUCUGUUCCUGGCCUGCGAUGCCAACGGUUCGGGCCGCAUAGAGCGGGAGGACUUCGCAGCGCUCUGUGCCGAGCUGCGGAUGCGGCCGGCUGAGGCCGAGGCCAUCUUCCAGCGCCUCGACAGCGACCGUGACGGGGCCAUCACCUUCCUGGAGUUUGCACGCGGCUUCCGUGGUGCUACCCGGCGGCAGCCCAGUGGCGGCGAGCCCGAGGGCGAGGAGGAGGCGGCGACAGUAACACUGGUCACCGCGGGGUUGGAGCAGCCCUGGAGAGACUUCGAGGUGCGGCUAGGGGACGAGGCGAGGUACAUUCCCAGACAAGAGCAGGUCAGUGUUCUGUAUCAGAACAUACACAUAGUGGAACCAAGGUUAAUCCAGCCAUAUGAACAUGUCAUUAAGAACUUCAUCCGAGAGAUCAAACUGCAAAGCACAGAGAUGGAAACCUUGGCUAUCGCAGUGAAAAGAGCUCAGGAUAAAGCAGCAGCUCAGCUUAGUGAGCUGGAGGAAGAGAUGGAACAACGUAUACAAGCUGCAGAGCAUAAAGUUAAAAAGGAAGAGAAGCGAAAAGCUGAGGAAGCACUAAGUGAGCUGAAGCAGCAGUAUGAUACUGAAGUUGGAGAUCUUCAGGUGACGAUAAAAAAGCUUAAAAAGCUGGAGGAGCAAUACAAAAACAUAAAUCACAGGGAAGAUGUGGCUGAAUUGAAAAAAAGAAUGCAUGAUAUGUUCCUGGAAAAUCAGAAACUUAAGAAAGAUCUUUUAGAAGCACAAACGAAUAUAGCUUUUCUACAGAGUGAAUUAGAUACCUUGAAAAGCGAGUAUGCAGAUCAGACUUUGAACAAUGAGAGAGACCUAGAAAUGAUACGAGAGUAUACCGAGGAGAGAGAUAAUCUGGAAAGACAAAUAGAAAUACUUCAGUCAGCUAAUAGAAAGCUACAUGACAGCAACGAUGGUUUAAGAAGUGCACUUGAAAACAGUUUCAGCAAGUGCAAUAGAUCACUGCGGUUAGCAAACAGCUCACCAGGAAGUACAAUUUCUAGGAGCAGUCCUAAAUCUAAUGGUGGGCAGUCUCCUCUAAACAUACGGUAUGACAGAUCAUCGCAUUCUUCUUGUGUGGAUGAAGAUUAUGAUUCUUUAGCUGUUUGUGAUCCUAUGCAAAGGAUAAACUAUGAAGUUGAUAGCUUACCUGAGAGCUGUUUUGACAGUGGUUUGUCUACCUUGAGGGAUUCAAAUGAAUAUGAUUCAGAAGUGGAAUACAGGCAAAGGAUUUUUCAGAGAUCACAGUGUAUGCAAGAAGGCUUUGGUGGUGAUGCUUCUGAUACGGAUGUUCCAGAGAUCAGGGAUGAAGAAGCGUACAGUCAUGAUAACAGCAGUGCAGUACUGGACUGGAAGUCCUCACAACCAGUAAGUCGAAGCAGCUCAGUUGCUUCAACAAGAAAAUACAUAUCUGCUCUUGCUCCUCAGUCAGAUGCAACGGGAUGUACUCCAAAAUAUCCCAGUUCAGAGAAGGCUUACAAGAUUGUUCUUGCUGGAGAUGCAGCAGUGGGAAAAUCCAGUUUCCUUAUGAGACUUUGCAAGAAUGAAUUUCGAGGCAAUACCAGUGCAACCUUGGGUGUGGAUUUUCAAAUGAAAAGACUGAUUGUUGAUGGAGAGCCUACAGUGUUACAGCUUUGGGACACAGCUGGGCAGGAAAGGUUCCGAAGUAUUGCUAAAUCGUACUUCAGAAGAGCAGAUGGUGUCUUACUGCUCUAUGACAUAACAUGUGAGAAAAGCUUUCUUAAUGUGCGAGAAUGGGUGGAUAUGAUUGAGGAUGCAACUUAUGAGAACAUUCCAAUUAUGAUGGUGGGAAACAAAGCAGAUCUGCGUCAGACUUUUACAGAACAAGGGCACAAAUGUCUGCCUAUAAUCUAUGGAGAAAAGCUGGCUAUGACUUAUAACGCACUUUUCUGUGAAACGAGUGCUAAAGAUGGAUCUAACAUUGUAGAAGCAGUUCUUCAUCUUGCUCGUGAAGUGCGAAAACGAAGUGAUAAUCAAGAUGAUAGGAGAUCAGUAACCAGCCUGGCUGGGACACCUGUCAAAAAAUCAGCACUCACGAAAAACUGUUGCAAUGUUUAAGUAUCACAUACUUUUCCUGACCUAAAUAUUUUAAAAUUAUUUUUUAAAGAAGGAUUUCAAUAAUUUAUUCUUUUUAUUGGGGAUUUAUAAAUUUGUGUAUUUAGAAAUUGCACAUUGUGUUAAAAAUCCAGGCUCUACUUCCUACUCAUUGGUAUUUGUGCACUUGCUUUGCCUGAUAGGCUCUGUUUUCACUUUUCUUAAGUAAUGUAAGUCAAUGAGGUGAGCUCAGAAUCAGUCCUACAGUAGUCACCGCAUGCAUGAUUAUCAUAUAUUUAAUCUUUUUUUUUUACCUACUUUUCUUUAUGGGCUCAAUAUUUCUUAAAAUACAGAAUAUAAUAUAAUAAUAUCAUGUUCUACUCAUAGGUGAAGAAAAAAAUCACAGCUUUGAUUCAUCUUUUUGCUCACAUCUGCUUAGCUAGUUUUUUUAAGGCUUUAGGUUAUAUAUUGAUGAAACAUUUCCUACCAAACCCCCAAAUGGUUAAAAUGUUGCCAAGAUCUAGGUAAACCCUAGGUUCAGGGCAUGAAUUACAGUGUUUUCUUGUUUGGAGAAGACAGUGGCAGCUUCAUGGGGUUCUGGUAUAAUUUUGCAAAAGUUGGCAAGUUGCAUUUUUUUAAUUUUGGGAGUUGGGGUUUGAUUCAGAAGUAAAAUACAUUUCUUAUCUGAUCCUACGCAGCUUAUCAUGGAAAGGAACAUUGCAUGAGCUGAUACCAUUCAAAAUUCCAGAGAAGCUAUAGUACACGUGAUGUGUAGGAUUACUGAGAUGAAUUAAUGAGCCAGUGCCUGCCUGUUUGUUUAGACUAGAUCUUUAUUAGUAUUUCAGAGGGAUAUGGGUUGUAAUUUUCCACUUGUUAUUCGAAUGUCUUCCAUUCAGAUGGUACUUGAAAGUUUGUAGUAGUAGAGAGUAGUCUGGUUUAAUGUGUAUUCUGUAUGCAUUUUGGAAGUUUUAAACAUUCAAGUGAAAGAAUUGCUGCACAUGCACAAGCAUCUCUAUAAACUGUUCAUUAAAGUUCUGAAGUAAGCAGCAACCUCUUAACCUUAAUGAGAAUUCAUUUGCCUGACUUUAGGAAAAUUCUGAGAAACUCAUUAGUUGGUGGUAGCUUUUGGUGUCAUCAUCUCUAAAAACUGAGGUGAUAUUACUUCUAGUAGUUCCCCAAAGUCCUGUUAUGUAGUACAAAUUAAAAGUAUUUCUGCAGUUAACAACCACCAUCCAGUUCUUGUCAGCUUUCACUAAUUUUGAUUGGAAAGGGAUAGGGCUCCUUGGGAGCCAGCAAACAAUUUAAUUCUUUUCUGUGUAUCUUAAUAAAACAUCUCCAGGCUAAAUCCUAGCUAAGUAAACCAACCAUGAAUAAAGUUCUAUGGACUGAUUGGAAAACUGUGUUUCUAGCAGCUGUUGUUGCAUUUUAUCAGACUUUUAUUUGAACACUCUGUAGCUUGUGCUGUUAUCAUUGUUGGAAAAUGUCGAGUUCAUGGAAAGAGAAUGGUUCAGUUUUAGAGGAGGAAAAAAAUGUGACAAUGUUUUUAAGCAUCCUUUUGAAUCUGUAGAUCAGAGCAACUAAUCCUUAGGUAGCUAUCUGAAAGUUUAUUCAUAACAAGGCAGAGAAAUGGCAAUGCCAGAAGGAAUAGUAUGUUUUUAUUUUACUGUGUACUUCAGCCCUAGAAGGGAAAACAUGUUUGGUAUCCCUUUUUAAAGUAAUAAAGAAGUCUUCACA